AACGGCAGGAGGCGCUCCCCUCGAUCGGAGCGGUGGACUCGCCCCGUGGUACCAAACUGUAACUCACUCAGUAGGUCAGUUGGCAGCGCACUCUUCUCGGGGAUGACGGGAGAGUGAGUGGAGAAGCAUCGAAUCCAGUUCGCUGGAAGCAUGAGUCCCACGCCUAUGACACCUUACGUUGUGGACGGUGAGGAGGGGAAGAAGACGCCGACCGGAGUCUCCUCCGAUCCAGAAAACAUUAUGAUCAGCGUCGACGACGAAACUAAAGAAGGAACCGAUCAAGAAAUCAAUGACGACGACACCAAAAACGCGGGCGACGAUGAUAAGUUAUGUCUAUUGAACGGCGGCAUCAAGAAUGGAAGGCCGGCAAUUUAUAAAAGAGUAUCGUUUGGUAAUUCGAUGGUGCAAACAAUGGUGAUCGAAAGUCAAGAGGAUUUACCGUUUCCGGAUAAGAACCCAGACGAAUCGAGUCUGAAGCCACCGGCUAAAGUGCGCGUGACCUUCUACGAAUGCCAAAAGCCUCAUUUCGUAUCCACGCCGGAAUCGGGAGACGUACCCGUCGACUUGGUUAACGGAACGCCGGUCGUCAUGUCUUCGAACGCCUACCCGCAUCGCGCCAGCACGGACAGCGGCGUGGACAACCCGUUCCGACCGGACGGAGAACUGAGCAAAGAGGCGGAGACCAUCGUCAACAUGAUCAAGGAGGGGAAGCCCAUAGCCGAGGAACCGGCGGCCACGCGGCAUCCGGCCAACGGAACUCUGGGAUCGUCGCACAAGCCAUCCGCGAACGGAACGGCCAAACCGGGAGUGGUGGAAGUUCAGCACGGUUUGGUGGUUCCGCCGUCCGACGGUUCGCAGGUGGAACAGGUGACCAUCAAGAAGAAACCCAAAUGCCGUUGUUGCGUCAUACAGUAGCCGGUGGGGGAGGGCCGGAGGGACGCGUCGUUACGGAAAUUCUUUUUUUGCUCAGUCUUCACACUCGAUUUCUGACCACUUCGAAGCUGAAUUUGUGCCUUUUACGAAAGGGGAUAGACGACGCGUCUUUGGCGUCGUGUCGGAGGAGGAUGCGCGCAGGACCAUUUCCGAAAUCGUUAACGUAAAAAUCGCUUUGUGUAUGGUGGCGGCCGAGACUGCUGGCGCCCUCCGGGGUGCCGGCCUUCUCUCCCGCCCGAGUAUACAUAUACAUACAUACAUUAUAUACAUACACGUACGCGAUACAUUACAUAUAUAUAUACAUAAAAAGCCUAUCUAGUUAGUCGAUGAGAUGAAGCUUUGAUCGUUUGUCGACACCGUUAAAUUUAACGUGCGUUUGUUUUGCGGAUGUAUAGCCCCUUGGAUAUUAUUAUUAUUGUUAUAUAUACAUAUCUGUAAUAACGAAGCACCGCACGCGGACGUCUUCCUCCCCGUCUUCACACCCGCUGCGUAAACGAAAUCGUGUAUAUUUUGGGAUGCGUCGGGGCAGGAUCUUCUCUCCGCCACCUUCCUGACCAACGUUAAAUUCACCGACGCGACGUCGCGUGGCACCCAUCAGCACGAGACGCGAUAUCGCGCUCGACUCUGACAAUUCGCGAAUUGGCCGUGUCGUUCGUUGUUGUUGUUAUUAUUAUUAUUUAUUGUUAAAAAUAUUUUAUAUAAAAAAUCCGAAUCGAUCGGCGAGAUAAUUCCUAUCUACUGAACGAGGAAAAAAUUUUAGAUCCUAAUUUCCGAACUGAAAUUGUCGAGAGCGAUAUUUUCAACCCCCAAAGCACAGUGUCGCGGCCACCGAGCGAUACGGGAAACGAAGCUCGCGCACGUUUUCUUAAAGUUUCGUCGCCGCGACGGAGACCAUCCAUUUAAAUUCUAAUCGAUUAAAAAAAACAAACCCCGCCUUUCCCGGUUUAAUUUCGUAACAUCCGGAGAAGAUCGGUAUCGACGUUAGGCGAAAAAAAACGGCAGGAAGGGAACAUCCCGUCUUCCAUCGGGAAGAUUUUGCUUCGGAAUGUGUGCAAAGUUUGGUAUUCUUUGUAAUAUUACGUUUCGUGUACAUUAUCGUAUCUGUUAUGUUUGUAAUUAGACGAUUCAAAUUAAAGAACACACCAAAAAUCA